AGCGUAAAGAGACUAAUCAUUUUGUUCUUCACGAGAAUUAGUCUCGUUUUUUUUCUCUUUCUCGAUUGAUUUUCUUUCCUUAUUAAAAAAAAGAAUUGGAAUUUAAUUGGAAAGAAUUGAGAGAUGAGACUUACAGCUUCUUUCUUUAUCUGUGAGUGAAAAACAAAAAAAAAGGGAGAAAAUCCAUAGAAAAAAGGAGUUGCCAAUGCCUUUUGAUUGCCUUACUUUUUGAGCUUUCAAAGCCAUGGCCGACGAUCUCUGUUUCUUCACUAAGGAUUCUUCCAUCCUUAAGUCGCCAAAGAAGUCUCCAUUGGUGUUAAGGAUGGUUGUAUUGUUGUUUGUAAUGGUUUGUGGUGUGUAUAUAUGCUCAAUUUGUUUGAGGCAAAUAAGCACGAGCAGCACGUCUGAGUUUUUGAAUAUUGGAGUGAUCCAAAAGCCGUGUCCAGAACCUAACAUAGAGCCAUGGGAAAUUCCUUACGUACACUAUCCGAAACCCAAAACUUAUAGCAGGGCUGAAUGUGCGUGCAGUCCUGUCCGGUAUUUUGCCAUUAUGUCAAUGCAGAGAUCUGGGAGUGGAUGGUUUGAAACGUUAUUGAACAAUCAUACUAACAUAAGCUCAAAUGGGGAGAUAUUCUCUGUCAAAGUUAGGAGGAGUAAUGUGUCAACAAUUUUUGAGACUUUGGACAAAGUUUAUAACUUAGACUGGUUGAGCAGUGCCUCAAAAAAUGAGUGCACCGCUGCAGUUGGCUUGAAGUGGAUGCUUAAUCAGGGAUUGAUGCAACAUCAUAAAGAAAUAGUGGAAUACUUUAAUACUCGGGGUGUUUCAGCUAUUUUUCUCUUUAGAAGGAAUCUUUUGCGUAGGAUGAUUUCAAUACUAGCAAAUUCAUAUGAUCGGAAUGCUAAGCUACUAAAUGGAACCCACAAGUCUCAUGUUCAUUCACCUCACGAGGCAGAGAUACUUGCUAGUUACAAGCCUGUAGUCAAUGCAACAUUGCUCAUUCCAAAUCUACGGCAGGUUGAAGAGACAACUAAAAAAGCUUUGGAGUACUUUAAAAGCACCCGGCACAUCAUUCUUUACUAUGAGGAUGUAGUAAAGAACCACACUAAAUUAGUCCAGGUUCAAGAAUUCCUAAAGGUUCCAAGGAGCGAGUUAAGGAGUCGUCAGGUAAAGAUACACAAGGGAUCAUUAUCCAAUCACAUUCAGAAUUGGGAUGAUGUAGAAAAGGCCCUCAAUGGAACGCAGUAUGAAAGCUACCUAUAUGGAGAUUGCAGGAAGUAAAGCGCUAGCAUGAUGUACAUUCUAUUAUUGACCCUUUUUCUCCAUUUUUUGUUUCUAUCUCCAAUUGGCAGGAGCCAACAGGGAACCCACCAAGCCACCCUGUUGGAAUUUUGGCUACAGCAUGCUCAUUUUGCUUUCAACUUAGAAACCUGUUUUUUUUUUUUUUCCCCUUCUUUUAGCCUCACACCUACUAUUCUCUUCAUUCUUUUGCCCCAUUAUUUUUCUCUUGAUUUCCCUUUAACAGAGAAACUCUACUGUAUUUAUGCCAAUCAAAGGGAAAAUUGAUUUUUUGAAUAUAUAUGUUUAUGUCCCUUCUUUUUAUAGAAAGUUUCUCUUAUCACUAU